AAAAUAAUAUUCAAUAGUGAUUUCUAGAACAUGAAGUUUUGCUAUGCAUAGGCGAAUGUUAUUUGGACGAGGUGAUAUUAGCUGAGUAUACUCAUUUCUGAAGUAGGAGCGAUGUAGUUAGCGCGGCUACUAUUAAUAGAUUGUAGCAGAUGGCAUUAUGUGUUUUCCCAGUUGGCCUCUUUAUGACGAGUACUAUUCAUUAUUUCACUAGUUGUAUUUUAAUGCGCCAGUGAACGAUUUUAGUCCCGUUAGUGCGGGCUUCGGUAUAUAUGAUUUAGGCGAAGGAUAAGAUCAUAUUCGUACAGGAAAAUGGCAAAAGAAAUCAUCUUGGAAAUAUCAUGGCUGAGACCAUUGAAGUUGAUCGGCCUUGCCAAUCUGUUUUGUGCCUUAAUUGCGUUCAUUUUAUCGAUGGCAUUGAAGGAUUGGGUAACAUCGGAUGAAAAAAAGGAUCUUCAGUUUCAUAUGGGAUUAUGGGAACAGUGUACUAAACUUCCACCUCCUCGUAAAAACAUUGGGAAUGAUUAUGAUGACGAUAUUGACGCCACUACACCCGCCAUUGACGAUGAAGAAUCAGAUUGGAAUUGCGAAGCAUCUUCGAACAGAGGAACUUAUGUGACUAUUACACAAGCAUUGAUCGUUAUCCCUUUCAUUGCUGCGAUCGUUUGUUUUGUCAUCGGCAUCGUCGCUUAUUGCAAGAGAGAAUGGAGAUUUCUGUACAAAAUUGCAGCCGUCAUCUUAAUUAUUGCUGCCAUCGCCGUUUUGGUUGCUGUUAUUCUCUUUCCGGCUAUGUUUUUGGACGAUCUUCCAUUCUACGUGUUUUUCUGGUUUGGAUGGGGUUACGGACUCGCAUGGGCAGCAUUUUGUUUCAUGUUGACGGCGGCCAUCUUGUUCUUAAUUAGCCAUGACAGGAAAGAGAUCUACCGCACAGAAAAACGUGUCGUCGUCUAAAUAUUAUAAAUUGGAUAAUUUCUUAAUUAACAGCAAAGUAUUGUACGUGGGUGAAGCCUGGCCAAGCAUAAUCCACGUUCUGCUCGCUUUCUUACUUAUAUACACAUGUAUUUGUUUGCGAGUACGUAACUCUAGAAUUUGGAAUCUAACUAAUUUUUCAAAUUGAUCGCUUUCAACGCCUUGAUCAUAUGAUAAUAUUUGUUAGUCAGCUACUUGUAAUACUUUACUACUUCUCAUUUUCUAUUACUUCUACGUCAACUGUCAUUUUUAUUCAUUGCUUUGAGUCAUUAAUAUUCGUUUGAACCACCGAAUAUGUAUUUGAUAAAAUGUUCUCAUUGACUCGAUGCCUCGGUUCUGAUCAGGCGUAACUCGGGAAUGUUAAUCUUGAGUGUGGGUUCAAGUAAAAUACGACUUGUGAGAAAGGAAGGUUUGUGAUGAUAAAAAUCUGUUUCGUUUAUGUAUUUUCUUUUUAGUGGAUUGAAUAAAGUAAACGUUGGAUAGGAUUUGCUUGAAAUAACGUGAACCAGUUUGUACAUUUCUGAAAAAUAUAAUAACCAAUUUUAAUUCAGAAUUUAUUAUUUGAAAAAGUGCCAUUUUUUAUAAUAUUCAUGUAUAUGUUCAAAAAUAUUUUCAUCUCGUUUUUAAUUUUAAUAACGGUUACUGAUAAAAGGUUUGUUAUUGCUCUGUCGCUUACUUAACACGAAGAAAAACACAAUACAGAAUUAGAGUAUAGUUCUAUAAAACCAUUACAAUUGCUCAUUUUUGUAUUUGUCUUCGGUGUUACACUUGUUUAUCAUAUGUUCGACAUCAUUUUUACGAUAUUUAUUAUUUCAAUAAAUUCUAUUAGUUUUAAAAAACAAACAAUAAAUACUAUACAGAAUUUA